CAUUCAAGGCAGGUCGGAGGAAUCUGAAGCCCAUAACAUCAUGCUUGCUUCGAUGAAUGACCUUGUUGGCAAUGAGGUUUGGCCCCCGUCUGAUGCAGACAGGAACAAAAAUAAUGGACCUCAGUAUGGCAAUAACGAGUCAGCGGAGUCCGCAAAGGAGGAGGGUCAGGGCCGCAUGGAGGAGCAGAUUAAUGAUGAGCACCUCCGCCGCAUCGAGGCCAUGUUCCACGAGGCUGACACGGAUGGAGGAGGAGGUCUGGAUAUGGAGGAAUUUCGCGAUGCAAUGAAAAAGAUCAUGGGUAACGUUGAAGAAGAGGACCUGGAUAUUCUCUUCAUGAAAGUGGACACAAACUGUGAUGGCACUGUGGAUUGGGAUGAGUAUCUGAACUACAUGUUGUUGGAGUACAGAGAGAAAGACUCACUGCAGAAACAGAACAGACCUCUCUACUUCCCCAAGCCUCUGAAGGUGGUCCCUGUUGCUCACUGUGAACCCAUAGUUCGGAUCCAGUUCCACCCGUAUCAGGCCCCGCAGGCGGAUAAGAAGGUGGGGGAGAAAGGGGCGGUGCCCAAGACCAGGAUGCACGGCCGCUACCUGACCGUCAGCCGUGAUGGCAUCCUUAACUACUGGAGUGAGAGGUUCAAGCUCACGCGCACAAUCAAUCUGGACCACAUGAAGCGGACACAGCUGGUUCCUCAUUCACAGCCCGUCUGGGUGACUGACAUGAUCUGCCUCAGCAACCUGAACCUGCUGGCUCUGGCCUCCACUGGACGAGAUGUUGAGUUCUUUGAUAUCAGCGCUAACAAAUGUGACAUUGUAUUCUCCCUCACGGGCCUCGAGGGCUACGUGGUGGUCAUGGACUACUGGACGGAUGGGACCAAAGCCAUCUUCUCUGUGGGGGAUGUGGAUGGUGCCAUCUUAGUUUUCAUCUCCCAUGACGUGCUUCACUACGGGCUGUUCAACAGUGGAGCCAUCAAGUCUAUAAAGCCAGGCGGAAGGACUCGACUUGCCGUGCCAGCUCUGCUGAAGAAUACGUCUAAAUGCUACCUCUGUUUUAAAGUGGCCCUGCACAAUGAGUGGUGCCAUCAGAUCCGCUUCUUACCAGAGCUGAAUGCUGUCGCCACCUGCUGUGCAUCCGACAAUACUGCCAUGGUGCUGACCAGCAUUCCCCAUUCACCCAAGGCCAAAGUCUACAACUCUGCAUUUCAGCUGAGAAAGGGGAUCCUAUGUUUUGAUUACUCUGCAGAGUUUAACAUCAUAGUGACCGGAGGCUUUGACCGAAUUGUUAGGGUUUGGAACCCAUAUGUCACCAACUGUGCCACCUGCCAAAUGAAGGGUCACUCUGCGGCUGUCACUAAUAUUUUUGUCAAUGGCAAAAUUAACAAGAUCAUCAGCAUCUCCAAAGACAAGAAUGUCCGCGUGUGGGACCUGCAGGACUGUGCGUGCCUCCAGAGUAUCCACUCCAGGAACAUGCCCAUGGGCCGCUUCCCAAUCUUCAAUUCCCAUUACAAUCCAGACACACACACGCUAGUCAUGAGCACCUUCCUGAUUGGUGUUCUCCAUGGAGUGGUAGAUGACGUGGACUCCAUUGACAAAAUGAAGACGUCCCAUGAGCACUCCCUGUGUACUGCUCUCUACAACUCCAACUUCAAACAGGUGGUAAGCGGGUGUCAUAAUGGUGUCAUCAGUGUUUGGGAUAUCAUGACAGGCGAAAAGGUCAUGCAGUUCCAGACAUCCCCAGAGAGGGCGGUGGAAGUGACCGCCAUGUCCUUCGAUGGGCCUAUGAGGCGCCUCAUCACCGGCUCCAAGGAUGGAACUAUUCGCUUGUGGAACUUCAACAAUGGAGCCCUGCUACUGACGCUGCCCCUACGUUACGAAAAUGAGGUGACGGGAAUCCUAUACAUAAACCAAAGGAUCUAUAUAUCGGGAUGGAGCAAAAGAGUAAUGUGGUAUUUAGAUAUCAAAGAGGACAUGGAGAUGGAGUAUCGCGUGUGGAACCAGUACCAUGCUGAAGACAUCUACUCCAUGCACGCUCAUGGGGGCAAGAUGCUGGUCACCGCCUCAUACAGUGGUGACAUCAUUGUGUGGAACAUAGACUCUGGACGGGCCUUCUGUCGCUUCAAUGCCUCUGAGAGCCCGCGGCCACUCAUGCCAAACAGGGUUAUUGACCUCAGCCAUAACUUUGAGGCUUGUGAGUCUCGCAUGACUCUGGGCAGCAUGCAGUCUGAUGAGGAGGAUGAUGAUGAGGAGGAGGAAGACACGGGUGACACUGAGGGCCACAGUGAACUCCAGCGUCACUCCCCUUUCCAUCAGGCAGGUCAGAGAAGCAGCAGCCAGACCGAGGUGACACAGUCUUCAUUGGAGAACAACAGGUCCAGUAAAUCACUCAAAACCAAAUCAAAGGACAAGAAGACUAAGCCAGGAACCAUUAAUGCUGAGGAUUUGGAGAGGCCAAGGCUUGCUGUGGAGAAGGCUCUUUUCUUGGGUACGCGAGAGAGGAGUCCUGACACGGCCAUCCUCCUGACCAGCGCAGCAGACGGCCACAUCUACGCCUGGUCCAUCCACCACCAGGGAGGGCUCCUGGGCAAGUUUCGAGCGGUGCAUGGCGAGGGCACCUCCAUCAGCUCCAUGUCCACCGACCUGGAGGACCAGAUGCUGCUCACCGGCGACACCCAGGGAUACAUCAUGCUAUGGGACAUUGCAGAGUACUGCUACUGCAUGCAGGGGGGUCAGGAGGCCCCGGCACAGCCAAAGAGAGGCCUCAUCCUACCCAGCCUCAUCCCCAAAUACUGCAGGCUGGAGGGCCCACGCAGGAUACAGGCACAGACUACACAAGAGCAGGUGAUUGACGGCUGGACUGUGUCCCUGCUCCCUCCUCCUCUGCUAAGCUCCUGGCGCUGCCAUGUGAAGAGCGUCGUCAGCGUGGAGUAUGUGGAACGCUUCCAUCUCAUUGUUACAGCGGGAUUAGAUUGUAAUGUGCGUGUGUGGACCAUCGCUGGAGGCUACGUGGGUACAUUUGGGCAGGCACAAUGGCGUGUGGGUAACCCAAUGGCAUUCCCCUGGGACCUGCCCAUAGAUCUACGCCGGAUAGGCUCUUCCCAAACGCUGAAGGUGCUCAAUCGGGGUAGCCGACCACACUGGCACUGUACCAGGCGUAUUUUGCACGCCCUAAGUUUGCAAAGGAAGCAAGCGUCUUCAAGUGCUGCUGAUAACCUGGAACUGGUGACCACAGACCCGCGCAUUGCCAAAUACACUGAUGAGCAGAUUGAACAGACCUGGAAGAAGUGGGCUGUGAAGGGAAAGCAGGAGAGCAUCAUUUUGGGACAAACGUACAAGCCCAAAGUGAGGCAUCAUCUACCCACCUACCCUCCAGACCUCCAGUCUUCCUUCAGCAGCCGUGAACAGCUGAGGGUUUACAAGGCCAUCCCUUGCUUCAACCUUCUGCCCAUCAUCCAGCCUCCAGUACCUGACCUGUUGAAGGAACCACUGCAGAAAACACAGGAGGGGGCUGAGGGCAGCAAGCACAUCAAGCAGAAGAGGAUGUCCAGGCGCGCCCCUAUGCGUUUCCUUCAGACCUCCAAGGCUGUGUGCAAGAAGAAUGUGAUAACAAAGUUGUUUUGCAAAGCUGCUGGUCAGCCAAAUUAAACAAAUCUAUCCGGCCUUUCUACAAUA